AUGGGUAUGAGAAUUGAUAUAUUAGCUGAAGCUUCAGUGAAAGAGGAUAAUCCAGAUGAUGAUCUUUAUGCCACUUAUGCUAUGCUACAUACACACAGAACAGAUGAUGACGAUUACAGAAGAAUAUCCGAAGAGAUUCAGAAAAAGAAGAAAAAACCUCCGCCACCUCCACCGCAGUCCAACCCUCUAUUUGUGUCGCUACCUCCAACUGAAGCUACAUUGUCCAGGUCCCCCCAUAGACCCCUCCCACCUCACCCGUCACUAUCAAUAGAAAAUGCCCAACCAAUGAUGCCACCUUUACAAUUCAACGAAGCUGAUGGUAAUCAGUUGAUCACCAUUAAUCAGAUAAACCUCCCUCCAUCUCUCCCCCACUACGAGCCGACCUCUUGGACGAGGGACCACAUAUCAAGGGAGGAGUCAAGAGACCUUUUGAGUGGGCGGCCGGACGGUACCUUCCUCGUAAGACCCAAGCCGGGAGUAGCUGAUCAUAUACCAAUUGGAGAACCACUUCAUACUCAUACCAUUGAUAUAGAGCGAGUUUUAAUUGUUAGAGUAAAGCUCUUUAACUUGGCAUUCGAUGACUUGCAAGCAAAAUUACAUGCACAUGUAGCAAUUAUUAUUAAAUUAUUAAAAUUGCCAUUCAUUACUGUUCAUACUUAG